AUGUCUUCUUCUGAGGAGGCGAGUCGCCUCCAAGACCUCCAGGCCGAUGUCCGCAACCAAGAUGACCUCGAAAGAGACAUCACUCGGCAGGCGGAUAAGGCACUUGCAGAGAAGGCGGAAGAGAAUGACAUCAAGCGACUCGAGAAAGUCCUGGUAGAAAGAGAACGUAUUGAUAGCCAGAUCCGACGAGCACACCAGCGCCUUACCCAACACGUCGGAACUGCCACUCGCCAUCGCGUGGAGAAUGAGUUGAAGGGAUUGGAGGUGCGCAAGGCCGGCCUGAUCAACGAUUUGAAGGAGAUCCAACAACGGAUUGAUGACAGGCGCCAGUCGCAAGAAAAUGCGACAGAGGCCCAUGGAUCUGGGAGGCUGGCGAACGAGUCACGUCGUGACUACCUACUGCGAACCGGAAAGAUUACCCCCUUUGCGUUGAUGAAUGCGGGAUCCAGAGAUGGACCACUUGCCAACCUCGAGGAUGCGCUUGUCGACACCGAGGACCAAUACAAUGAGGAACAGGAGCGUGAACAGGCUAAGCAUGAGCCCGCUGCAUCCCAUCGUGACCUUGCACGCCCUGAUUUCGACUUUGAAGAGAGCAGCAGCAAGCGCCGAAAGGUCGCCCGGACCAGAUCUCCAGGAGCGGACUCAUCCGCAAGCUAUGUGGCCUCGGAUGGUGCUGAGGAUGCGUCAGCAGACGAAGAGUUCAUGCCUGAUACUUUACCUGAAGCAAAGCCAAGUCGUAAGCGCAAGCAACCCAAAGGUAACAGUGAACUGGAAGAUCUUAGUGGAGUGGACGAUGGCAAUGAGGAAGUCUACCAGGUUCGUGUUCAAGAAUGGAUCAGUCGGCGUAGCUCCGCUCGACAGAAUACCGUGACUCACUCCAUCGAGAAUGAGCUGGAUGAGGAGGAUGAAUGGCUCAAGCCGCAUCCCACUGAACCAGCCAUGGAGCUUGACAACGGCCUGCGCGUGCCCGGAGAUAUCAGCCGCUAUCUUUUCCCAUACCAGAAGACUGGUGUUCAGUGGCUAUGGGAGUUGCACCAGCAAAGCGUGGGUGGUAUUAUCGGUGACGAGAUGGGCCUCGGAAAGACCAUCCAGGCGAUUGCCUACCUUGCGUCACUGCAUCAUAGCAACAAGUUCACAAAGCCGGCGAUCAUUGUUUGCCCAGCAACCCUCAUGAAGCAAUGGGUCAAUGAAUUUCACCGCUGGUGGCCAGCUUUCCGGGUGUCUAUUCUUCAUUCAUCGGGAAGCGGCAUGAUGAAUCUUGGCAAAGAGAACAGCCAGGAAAGCGCACUCACAUCCGAAAUGAUGGGAAGUCGCAGCUCGGGUCGUCUAUCUGCUGGCCAAAAGGCCGCUAAGAAGAUCAUCCAACGAGUUACCCAAGAAGGCCACGUCUUGGUGACUACAUACUCGGGUCUGCAGUCGUAUGCUGAUGCCCUCGUCGACGUUGAAUGGGGAUGUGCCAUCCUUGAUGAAGGCCACAAAAUUCGCAACCCAGACGCCGGCAUCACCUUCAGUUGCAAGGAAUUACGUACUCCCCACCGAAUCAUUCUCUCCGGAACACCAAUGCAGAACAGUUUGGUAGACCUGUGGUCCUUGUUCGAUUUCGUUUUCCCAAUGCGCCUGGGAAAUCUUGUCACCUUCAAGAACCAGUUUGAGAACCCUAUCCGCCAGGGAGGAUAUGCCUCCGCAUCUAACCUCCAAGUCCAGACUGCUGCUAAAUGUGCAGAGACCUUAAAAGACGCCAUCAGUCCAUAUUUGCUCCAGCGUUUCAAGGCUGAUGUAACAUCUGAUCUACCACAGAAAAGUGAGCAGGUCAUCUUUUGCAAAUUGACCGCUCUUCAACGAACCAUAUACAAGAGAUUCCUUGGCUCAGAUGAAAUGAGAUCUAUCUAUACCGGCAAACGAAACUCAUUGUUCGGCAUUGAUAUUCUACGCAAGAUCUGCAACCACCCUGACCUGGCAGAUCACGCAUUGCGGUCUCGCGAGGCAGACUAUGGUACUCUAGAGCAGUCUGGCAAGAUGCUAGUCUUGAAGGGAUUGCUCGAGGUCUGGAGAGAUACCGGCCACAAAACCCUGCUAUUCACACAGGGACGUCUGAUGCUGGACAUCAUCGAGAAAUUCCUGAAUGGUUUGGGUGGUUUCCAAUACCGUCGAAUGGACGGCACUACACCGAUCAAGGAGCGCCAGUCUCUGGUCGACACCUUCAACAAGGAUCCUGAAAUCCACGUUUUCCUGCUUACCACCCGAGUGGGCGGGAUCGGAGUGAACUUGACAGGUGCUGACCGUGUCAUUAUCUUUGAUCCCGAUUGGAACCCAUCGACUGACCUGCAAGCGCGCGAGCGUGCAUGGCGUCUUGGCCAAAAACGUGAUGUAACUAUCUUCCGCUUGAUGACAAAAGGCACAAUUGAAGAAAAGAUCUAUCACCGCCAAAUCUUCAAGCAGUUUUUGACCAACAAGAUUACGCGUGAUCCUCACCAGCGUGAGGGUUUCCAGCUGAGUGAUCUUUAUGACCUGUUUUCCCUGACAGAUGAGAACGACAAGGAACUGGAGACAACCCAGCUCUUCAAGAAUGCCGAAGUCAAAUACCAGGAAGAGACCGAAGACCCUCGCGACAAGAAAAACCGCGGACGCAACCGUGAACCCGUCCCAAAGACCGAAGAUGAAGAACUCCAGGUUGACGGGGUGGCCAAGAUCGAAGAAUUCAAAAAUACCGCUGAAGAAGAGAAAAAUUCCAAAUCCUCCGAAGACCGAAUCAUGCACGGUAUCUUCGCCCGCUCCGGCGUUCACUCCGCCCUAGAGCACGAUCAAAUCGUAAACGGGCGUCGAGUCCUUCGAGCCGACCCCAAAAUGAUCGAAGCCGAAGCCCGCCGCGUAGCCAACGAAGCAGCCGAAGGCCUCCGGCAAGCCGAACAACAAGCUCGCAACAUCCCCAUCGGCCUUCCCACAUGGACUGGUCAAUUUGGCAUUGCCGGCCGCUCCGAUCCCACCACCAGUGGCAGCUCUGCUCGCUCUAACCGUGGUGGCCCAUCAUCUGCCAGCCUGUUGGCUCACCUGAACCCGGCAGCCGCGUCACGAACAAGUGGUCGUGGCAACGAUGCCCGUGCUGGUCCUUCUUCUGCACGCAUGCCUCGCGGCAAGGACUUCCUUCCUCUAAUCAGGGAUUACCUUGCUUCUCGUCGCGGUCCGACGUUCUCUCACACUAUUGUUGAGCAUUUUAAUCAUUAUUGUAAUACCCCAGAACGAGUCGCGGAAUUCCAGGAAUCGCUGAAGACGGUUGCGACGCUUGACCGUGUGGGUGGGAGAGGUCGCUGGAAUCUGAAGCCUGAAUUUGCUCGCAAUGCUAGCAGUCAGAGCCAGAGGCGCUGA